AUGGGUCUCGCUUCAUCCAAAAUCCUAGACACUCUUAUGGAGGGCACGAAUUUCGACCGCGAGGAAAUCGACCGGUUGCGCAAGCGGUUUAUGAAGCUCGACCGGGACCGCAGUGGGUCCAUCGACAAAAACGAGUUUUUAGACAUCCCGGGUAUUUCUUCCAACCCGUUGGCCACACGCCUUAUGGACGUGUUUGACCUCGACCGUGAUGGCACUAUCGACUUCCAGGAGUUCAUCACGGGGCUUUCUGCCUUUAGCGGCAAGUCCUCCAAAACGGAAAAGCUACAGUUUGCGUUCAAAAUCUACGACAUUGACCGUGAUGGGUUCAUCAGUAACGGCGAGCUAUUUGUAGUCAUGAAGACCAUGGUGGGCAAGAACCUUCUGGAUGCCGAGCUCCAGCAGGUCGUGGACAAGACCAUAAUGGGUGCUGAUAAGGACGGGGACGGGAAGCUAAGUUUUGAGGAGUUCCGUCUUGCCGUGGACCUGACGCUGGUGGCUUCUGCGUUGACGUUGCUGUCGAUCUGA